UCAUUAUAAAUAUGGUAACCAUCCAAUAGCUCCAGAUUAAACUCAAAAAGAGAGUACAAUUUUCAUAUCACAUUAGUUUCCAUGACAGAACCUCACGUCCUAUUGGUAGCAUUAGCCACACACGGCCAUUUCAAUCCAGGCCUCCACUUAGCCAACAUCCUCUCCCACGGCGGCCUCCACGUGACCUUUGCCACCUCCUCCUCUGUCCUCUGCCGUCUCCCGAAACUCCCCUCCUCCCCACGCCUCUCCUUUGCCUUCUUCUCCGACGGCCAAGAGGACGGUUUCAAACCCGGCAAUGACGUCGUCCCAUUUCUCUCUCAAUUUGAGCUCCAAGCCUCCAGAGCCAUCCAUGAUAUCAUCCUCAAAUCCAAAGCCAGCGGAAAGCCAAUCUCUUUCGUUCUUUACUCUUUGCUCACUCCGUGGAUGGCCAAUGUCGCCCGCUCAUUCGACCUCCCGGCCGCUCUUUUCUGGAAUCAAUCCGCUGCUGUUUUCGCGAUUUACUAUCAUUUCUUCAAUGGCUACAGAGAAGUUAUUCAAAAUUGCUUCUCUCAUCCUUGUAUUAAUAUUAACUUGCCUGGCCUUCCUUCAUUGAACUCUAAACAACUUCCUUCCUUAUGCAACCCAGCAAACUCCAACUCUUUUGUUCUAAAACUCUUUGAAUCCCAUUUUCAAGUCCUAAAACAAGAACCCCACUUGAAAAUUUUGAUCAACUCUUUCGAAGAGCUCGAACACGACGUUUUUAGAGCUAAUAACAUGGCGAAUUUAAUCCCCAUUGGACCCGUAUUGCCCACCAAAACUAUCGAGCAACUGAAUAAUGAAAAAAAUUUAGGUGCAUUCAAGGUCACACCCAUAAGUUGCAGUCCACCCAACAGUCGAGAUGAAUCUAAGUAUUAUACGUGGCUGAAUUCAAAGCCGAAAUCUUCAGUGGUGUACGUGUCGUUUGGAAGCAUUGCGGCAGUAUCAAAGGCGCAAUUGGAGGAGAUUGGGAGAGCGUUGUUGGAUUAUGGUGGAGAGUUUUUGUGGGUGAUGAGGAAAAUGGCUCAUGGGAAUGAAAAAGACAUGUUGAGCUGCCUAGAUGAGCUAGAGGCCAAAGGGAAGGUAGUUGCAUGGUGUUCGCAAUUGGAGGUGUUGUCGAAUCCAGCAAUUGGGUGUUUCUUGACACAUUGUGGGUGGAAUUCUUCAAUGGAAAGUCUCGUGUGCGGGGUGCCGGUGGUGGCGUUUCCACAAUGGACGGACCAAGGGACCAAUGCCAAGAUUAUUGAAGACAUGUCUAAGAGUGGAGUGAAGUUGAGAGUGAAUGAAAAUGGCAUUGUUGAGAGAGGAGAGAUCAAGAAAUGCUUGGAGAUGGUCAUGGGGGAGGGAGAUAAAGGGGAAGGUUUUAGAAGGAAUGCUAAGAAAUGGAAGGAGUUGGCCAAUAAAGCUACCACUAAGGGAGGUUCUUCCUAUGUCAACAUUAGAAAUUUUAUAGAUCAUCUUUAAUUUGUCAAUAACUAAAAUAGUUAUUCCUAAAAAAAAAUGGAAAUGUAUACUUUUGUUUUUAAGAAAUAAGUCGUCUCUAUAUUAAAUAAGAUUGAAUUGUAAAAUUCAAUUCAUAUAUGUUAAAAAAAAAAAAAGAGCUCUACCAUUGUUUGAUGAUAAAACAAAAUAAAUGAUCUCCAUAGUUUGAUAAAA